AUGGCUUCAAUAAAUGACCUCGCUACAGCCGCGACGAUAGCGUCAUCGGCCGUGGCGUUACAGUCUUCGCCUACGCGGGAGGAUACUCAACCCGCUACACCCCCAGCAGCGCCGCGGUCACCUUCUUCCUCAAGACCUGCAACAGCGGGCGCUCAAGCUACGUCGCCCUUGAUGGAGAAAUUCAAGCCAGCGAAUGCGAAUGAAGAUGGGGACUCGAUAACCGUGGCAAUAGGUGCUCCCCCGGUAUUAGUGCCGCCUCAGAUAUCUCAGAAUCCGUCGCAAGCACAAAUUCCGGCUCCGGCUUCGGCCGCCGCCGACGAAGUUGAGCCUGCGGAAGCUACGGGGGAUGAUAGCGUUGAAGAUAAAGAUGCUGUUAAGAGUUCUGUAAGGGACGACAUGGAUGGCGUCGAGAAGGUAGUAGCGCCGCCGUCGAAACCGGUGCGCGGCACUUUCGUUGUGUUCGAGGGAAUGGACCGUGCGGGAAAGACGACGCAGGCAAAACUACUGCAGCAGAGGUGUAUCGAGAGCGGACGGGAGGUGCGGUUUAUGCGAUUUCCUGAUAGGACAACGCCUAUCGGUAAGAUGAUCGACUCGUAUCUUAAAGGGGAGGCGGAGAUCGAAGAUCACGUUAUUCACCUGCUGUUUAGUGCUAAUCGAUGGGAAGCUGUCAAAAAAAUCAAGGCAGAAUUGGAAGCCGGUCAUACUAUAAUCUGCGACCGCUUCUACCAUAGCGGUAUCGUAUACAGCGCUGCUAAAAAUAUCAAGAGCCUAUCUCUAUCCUGGGCCAAGGCGCCCGAGAUCGGCUUGCCUAGACCAGAUAUGGUCCUUUUCCUAGAUCUGGAGGAAGAAGUCGCGCGCGAACGCGGCGGCUGGGGUGGCGAAGUCUACGAGAAAGGUGAGAUGCAACGGCGCGUCAGAGAUCUGUUCUGGGGCCUUAGUAUGGGAGAUCUCGGCAGCGCUGUUGGAAACAGCGGCAGCAGUAAGGUUCCGAGAAGAGGUGACGCGGAGAGGCUUGGGAAUGGAACAGGUAGAAGUGGAGAUGGUAGUAAUGAGGAGGGCGAGUUCAGGCAGGAGGAAGAGGAUAUUCAGAUCGUGGACGCGGAUCUCGAUGUCGAGAGUCUAUCUGAGAGGGUAUGGGAACUCGUACUGCCGAGACUGGAAGCAGUGGAACGAGGCGAGGUUGGGAGAACUGUACGGAUCGUGCGGUAA